UCGGCAAGCGACAAUCCUCGGCAAGCGACAAUCCUCGGCAAGCGACAAUCCUCGGCAUCGUAUCCCAUCUGCUCCCAUCUCGCAGCGGAUAUCGUCAUCACCUCCAGUCGCGUCACAAUCCCACACCAUCCCUCACAGCCACUCCAUCUAUCCGCCUCGCACUCGUUGUCACCAAUGCUCUCGGAAGGAAAGCAGCAGCAGCAUCAGCCGCCUGCCGCCAUCUUUGAGAUCCCCGCCUCGUUGCCCGUCCAAUUCAGGUGGAGCCUCGGUGGCGAGCGGGUUUUCCUCACCGGCACCUUCGACAACUGGCAGCAAACCAUCGAGAUGAAGCACGACCCCGAGUGCCCCGAAGAAUUCAUCGUCAGCGUUCCUCUCGACACUACUCAGGAUCAUCUCUUCAAAUUCGUUGUCGACGGCUCGUGGCGCUGCAGUGCCAGCUUCCCGACCAUCGUCGACAGCAAAGGCAACGUUAACAACAUCUUGCGCAAGAUCCCCCGUCGCCGUCUCUCCAUCCCCGCCUCCAUCCGAUCUCCGUCCGCCACCGUCCGCUCCGAGUCCUCAACCUCGUCCUCCAACGAGCUGUCCAUCACCAACAAGGCUUUUUACGAAGAGCCCGACGACGACACCGAUCUGGGCCUGGCCAACAAGUCCCAACGCCGACGCAGCUUGCCUCCUGGAGGCUCCCACCGUCGCAUCUCCCUGCAUGCCAUUCUCGAGCAGCAACCCAUCAAUGUCGCCCACUGAACCUCUCACCGCCGGCUCCACAUGGUAGCCCUUGCAUUCAUUCUGCUCCGGCUGUGACGCAGUUGUGAUCCAAGCAAGACUUUCACAUCAGCUCUAUGGCCGGAACCUCAUUCCCCGUCUGCUUCCCGUCUCGCCGCCGAUUCCCACAAGUUGCGAUAUGCAUGGCCGCUAAGAUGUGGCCCAUGUUCUCCCGCCCGAAUCUUCCUCACUGUUUACAUUCUGCACACCAUGUACGGGUUGCCCUGACUGAUCCACUUUUGGAUGGCAAUACACACACAUCAUCCAU